AUGUCGACCCCAGCCACAACGAACACGCCCAUGCCUCCCGUGACCACUCCAAGGCCCCUCCUCAAGCCACCUGCCCGCCCGUUGCAGAAGCAGGAACAGGAGAGACUCGAUGCCCUGCAAGAAGCUCGCAAACCCCUGAGACGAGAGAUCCGGAAGCUCAUUACCACUUUCCGAGACGACCCGAACUUCACAGCCGCCGAGCUGACUUUGAUGGCUAUUAUUGACAACGAGAACGAGUAUUCAGGGAGAAGGGACAUUUUGAGGUGGAUCCAUGAUACUUUCCCAGUUUACAAGACGGAUCUGAUCGACGCGAUGCUCAACAGUAUUUACGUGAACGAUCCCCGUCCCUGGAACGUCACCACGAGCCUUGCGCUCGUACGUCCAGACUUCGACAAAGUGUUCAAGGCGUACGAUGUCCCACUCGCCUCUGGAAUGUACCGAAAUGCGUGGACCACGGACGUCAACGCAGCUCGAAUCUUUCUACGACACCGACUUGAGCCUGCGAGGAAGGGUGCAUUUCGAUUCCUUGAUCUCGCCGCCGAAUCGCGGAAUCGAGUGUAUGAGAUGUUGCUCAUCUUCCCGGGCCACACAAUACGAGUAGGCUGUGAGACAUGGCACCGAGACAUGGGCCUGAACGCUACUGCCAGAGACUUCGAGAGCCACGCACGGGCUCAAAGUGCUAGCAAAGGUGAAGUCCCGAUGGAUGACCUCAAGACUGUUCUCUCCAUCACCGUAGCCUGCAAUCAGACGGCUUCGGAAGCACUCUCCAUCUUCUACGGCGAAAAUACUUUCGACUUCUCAUCGCUGAUAUCGAUGGAGCUCUUCCUGAGACAAACAUCCCCUCGCCGCCUGAAGCUUGUCAAAAAAGGGCGUUUUCGAAUCAGCGCCUCAUCGAAUAUUAAUCGUGCACACGACCGUGAACUAAAAACAGCAUACGAAGUCCUCCACAGACACGUUUCUCUGGACCUGCUGAACAUCGAGGUCAGCAGCAAUCCCGUGAAGAGGAGACCCCAAGACCCACCUAUUCGUAGAUACGAGAGUGUGUCACAGAUGCUCGAGGUAGCACAGUCUCUCUAUUCUUUGGCAAAGCUUGCAUCCAAGGCAAAGGUUGUGAGCGUCUUUGCUGCACGGAAUGCCCGAUCAGACUUGGUUGUGGAGGUGGAGAAGUUCAUUACUGAUGAGGUGGAGAGGAUGCGUGGUGAGACGGAGGAGAUGCGUGGAGAUGCGGAGAGCAUCAAGGAGGAGCCAACGUGA